GACAUUCAGCGGGCAGCAGAUCGGGUUAGGGAAGUGAAAACUGACUUUCGUUUCCCUCGCGGAACUUAUUAAUACCUGCUCCAUGUACAGCGGAAAGAGGAACUAACUGCUGCAGAAACCAGCAGUGACAGAGGGACAGAGGUUGUGUUUCUGUCACUCGGGGACAAAGCUUUCAGUACGGUGCCCGCGAGGAACGUGAUGGAGGCAUCUGAUGAAGAGUUGGUCGGGGGUGCUGAUGAGCUUGCAGCACCUCCCAAUGGUGUCAUCAACGAACUGCUGAAUGUGGGGCAGCAAGACAACAUGCAGGGCGAGGUGGAGGAGUUUCUGGGCCCGCAAGCAGAGUACAACGAGGAGGAGGAGGAGAGGAAAUACUACAGAAGGAAGAGGCUGGGAGUCAUCAAGAAUGUUCUUGCAGCCAGUGUGGGAGCCAUGAUUGUGUAUAGUGUGUACAUGGGCCUACUGCAGAUGCAGCUGAUCCUCCAUUAUGAUAUGACCUACCGCGAGGUGAAGUACAGCAACCUCGGCCUGGAGGACAUCGAUCGCAAGAUGCUGAUGGGCAUUAACGUCACGCCCAUUAUAGGCUUGUUGUACACCCCCGUUCUUAUCAGGUUUUUAGGUACUAAGUGGAUGAUGUUCCUGGCUUCGGGAAUCUAUGCACUCUUUGUCUCAACCAAUUACUGGGAGCGGUACUACACCUUGGUUCCAUCAGCCGUAGCAAUUGGCGUGGCCAUUGUGCCUUUCUGGGCCUCCUUGGGAAAUUACAUCACAAGGAUGGCGCAGCAGUAUUAUGAGUACGUCAACUACAAGGAAGAGCACGUGCAGGAGCAGAAGAAGCUCCCUAAGGGAGCGUGCCACAGAUACAUAAUCAUCUUCCAGUCAGUCUUCAACAUCAUCUUCCAUCUGAGUUUUGUCUUCGCGCAGUUCCCCAUGCGCUUCGUCCUCAACGGCCACCUGAAUGACAACCAACACAUUCUCUUCAACGUCAAAAGCUGCGGAGCAAAUAUCAGUGGAGUGAUCCCCGGCUUCAACACCACCGUGCUUACCAACCUGCCGCGCUCCAUGCUGCUCAUCCAGGUGGAGAGUGUCCUGAUGGGCUUCGCCUUCCUUGCCAUGAUCAUCUUCCUUGUGCUGUGUGGUGCUGCCUACCGGCCGACAGAAGAGAUCGACCUCCGCAGUAUCGGCUGGGGAAACAUCUUCCAGCUGCCCUUCAAACACCUGAGAGACUACCGGCUGCGACUGCUCUGCCCCUUCUUCAUCUACAGCGGAUUUGAAGUGCUGUUUGCCGUCAGCGGAUUCUCCCUGUCCUAUGGCGUCUGCAUUUUGGGCCUGCAUAAACUGUGGCUCCUUAUACUGGUCUACGGCCUCUCCUGCUCCGUCUUUUCGUCCCUCUGCCUUGGCCUCCUGCGCCUCCCGCGCUGGGUAUGUCUGAUGGGGGGCGCUGCUGUGCAUGUCGUGCUGCUGGUGGUUCUCCUUUGCUUUUCACUGUGUCCACAUCCAGAUGAGAAAAGUACACAGUAUCUGGGCCCUCUGCUGGUGAUCAUAGCGCUUUGGGGACUCGGCACCGCCCUGAACAAGACGGGUGUUAGCAUUCUGCUCGGUAUGCUGUACGCUGAGGAAAAAGAACGCCUCGACUUUGUGUAUACCAUCUAUCACUGGUGGCAGGCCAUCGCCAUCUUCAUAGUCUACCUCUGGUCCAACCUGCCUAUGAGGGCCAAACUCUCCAUCCUGUUGGCCACUUUAUUGCUGGCCUGCUAUUGUUAUUGGGUGAUGGAGCGUCGGCUGGCCAGUAAAGUGCCUUUCAGACUGCCCCGCAUCCCUCGGCCACGGCACAAGGUCAAAGGCUACCGCUACCUGGAAGAGGACAACUCGGAUGAGUCAGACUCCGAGAAGAGUGAGGAGGACGACGAAGAGGACGGAGAGCAUGUGGUGGAGGAGAGGGGAGCCGAGGGCGGGGAGGACGGAGGCCAUGACGCAGAGGUCCAGGGAGCUGACUCACCCGGAGCCAGGAGGAGAGGGACCGAGGGUCAGCGCCGCAGACAGGACCACGCUGAUGGGAUGGAGGGAAGAGCAUGAGAGAGGAGGAGGAAGAAGGAGGGAUGAGGGAAGAGAGUGAGGUAGGGUGAGAGAGGAGGAAAAAGAUGGAGGGAAGAUUCUGGACAGAGGGAAGAGAAACAGAGAUGUGCUAGAUGCUGUUGUGCCCAUGAAUUUUUGCAUUCUGUUUUUUCAGUUUGAUUAAUUCCCAAAAGACAAGUACAAUCAUAAGACUUAAUGCAGGUAUGUGAAGUGCUACACCCUGGUAAGCUAUUGUCCUGUCAAAAAACAGGCCUAAAAUGUCCCAAAAAUAAUCUUCAAACCAAAAAAAUUAAAAGGAUUUUAUAGUCACUAGUUUAGAAGUCCCUAGCCGUUAAGAGUAUUCAAGCUUUAAAGUAUUUUAGAAGUAACUAAAGAGACCAAUACAUAGGGUUGGGUACCGAAACGCGGUGCCAAAAAAGCAGCGCUGCACGGGUCGCUACGUUACCGUUAGUUAGUAGCUGGAUUAAACACAAUGGUUAAAAUGCAGAUGUCUUACGUUAAGCGGUGUGAAGUGCGACUGUGUUUCACUGUAGAAGACUCGUAACAGUAACAGUCUGCAGCUGCCUUCAGAAAAAGACACAGACGGUGCGUUCACUUGAAACUCAACAGCCAUGUGGUGCAUUUUAAGUUAUUGUAAAAUACCCUUUUCCCAUCUGGUGCUUUGUUGUUGACCAGCAAUUUACCGGUGAAAUACCUAUUUUUGUAAGUUAAUGAUAUUACAUUAUUAAUCAAUCAUUUAAUUUUGACCAUACGGCCUUAGCAAUAAACAAGCCGUUCUUUAAUGUCGCCAAUUGGUGUUUUGUGCUUCUUUUUUAUAUUUCAUACUAUAUACAUCAUAAAUAUAUUAUAUAUAUUUUCAUUUAGGCACGGAAGUAGGCAAAAAAAACAUACGAUACCCAACCCUAUUAAGACAACAGUUACUACAGUUAUUCAUACUUUCUUACAUACUACACUAAACAAAAGCAUUUUUUUUCUGGCAUCAGAUUUAAUUAAAAAUAUCUAAUGACCUGCUGAACUCAAUUCAUUCACAACAGUGAUCCAGGAGAAAGGGCACAGGUCCUGUAAAUACUACGUGGCUGUUUAACAAUAGGGAUGGCAAUCUUAAAAGGUAGCACACACUGGAUCAAGCGUGGGUGACUGACAGAAUACAACAAGAAUAAUUUUGUUGCUUUUUGCUGGAGCUUCUGGCUCAUAUUUACAAAUUGGCCAAAAAUGAACGAGGGCAUAGCGGCUGCUUUUGUGCUUCAUAAAGUCCAAAACAUAUUUUGUAAGAGUUCCAUUUUAAGACGAGAACUUAUCAGAAAAGAAUGAACUGAAAGUGACAGAAAAGGGAAUGAGGAAUUGAUUUUCUGAGUUUAUCGUCAGGGUGUGUGUGGAUGGAGUCAUUUUUAGAGAGCCUGGUCCUGCUGAAUGUAAACAGGAAAAGCAGCAGCAGCUAUAUUUGUCCUUCCGUCUUUGUUUCCUUUCAACCCUUUAAUUUAUGCACAUUUGUAAAAGAAAACCGCCAAACUCAAGCUAUUAUCAGAAGCUCAGAGGGAUAUAUUUUGCCUGAAGUACUUUUUGGAAGGAAUCAAGCAUACUUUUUGAUGAAGUCAAAGAGUAAUGUACGUUUAUGCUUCGGUACGGGGCGGUCAGUCAUGAAUGGCCAAUGCCAGUAAGGUAUGCAUCUUUGUCAGACACUGGCCUUGGAGCUAUUAUAGUUACCAUAAUACUUAUCAGUCUGGUACAUUCCACUGAUACAUUCUAGGAUAGGAGAAAGAAAUGCUCUUUGAACAUUUGCAUUUCUUUAAACUAUUCACUACACUAUGCAUGAGAAAAGUAAUUAGCAGUUUUGUCAGGAGUGCGAGUUAUCAUGCUUUCAGACUGAUUGUCACACGUUUCACACACUUUUAGGUACUGUUCUCAGACAUUAGGGUUGCGGUUAUUUAUUUUGUUAGAAAAUUCCAUAUAAACCCUGCCUGUGAGAGGAAGGAAUAUAAUUCAUUGUGUUGUGGAUAUUUAACAUUAAAUCUUUUUAAUAAAAAUGACUUCUGACUUUUCAAUGAACUGAUGCCAAAGCUGCUUGAUGUUGCUGUGAAGUUUAUGUCAUAUUACUGACUUAAACAGUGUGAAUCUGUUGGUCACAGAAUACAUUUUAUACUUCUCUGUUGAUCCCACCUGUACCUUUUAACUAAAAAUUGUGUUGAAGUCAA